GAUAUACCUUUUGCGAGCAAACCGCACUACUUAGAUCCUGGUUCCCCUGAGUCUGCUUCGGAUUCUUGCUCUGGCGAUGUCGGGACUCAUAUUCCUGCUGUUUCUGCUAGUGGGUCCUGGCUUAAUCGGCAUCAUGCCUCUCAAUCUCCUUUAUCCUCUUCUUCUUCCGUGCACAGUCUCACUGAUGUCGUUCUCACCUUACCAAGGCCAAUGGAAGCACCAGUGACUACCGGCAGUCUUACUGAUGGAAGCAGAGAUAGAGAGAAGGAUAAAGAAAGAAGUGAAAUUUCUUAUUCAAUUCAGUCCGGGCGCUCCAACCAUCAUCAACAGCAACACUUGCUUCCACUUCAGCAUCAUCAGCCAUCAUCGUCCCCGGGAAACCGGUUUUUCACUGGCCGCGAACGAGAUCGAGACCGAGAAAAAGACAGAGAUUGUCGAAGGUAUUCACAUUUGUCGCCAUCAAGUAGGCUGAAACACGAUCCAGGCACCAGCGACUUAGAUGCCGACACUGAGCCAGAAACUCAGGAAACAUCAGAGAAUCAUCAGCACCAAUUACAGCAGCAGAAUCGAGAUUCCUUUUCUGCUCCGUGCAUUGCUGUGCUGCCUAGAUCUCGACGCCUACUACUAGACGAGUCAGGUCCAUAUCUACGGUGCAGAAAGCGAAGACGCUCUAUGAUUCUCAGCUCCAGUGGUGUGGAUGAUAAUGUACGGAGAAGAGAGCACAGCAAAACAGAAAAUCUAGAAGAGGAAAAGAUUGCCAAAGAAGAAGUGUUACACCAAAUAAAGAGAGAACAUGAUAGCCGUUUGGUCUCAGGAGAACAUUUGAAUGAUCCCGAUGCAUUUCUCUACGCUGGCUCAAAUGAUGACAAGAAAGAUAAUGAGGAUGAACAUCUUAAAGAUGAUGAUGAUGAUGAUGCUGAUGAUGAUGAGAAUGAAGCUGACGGCGAAAUCGACAAUGAACAGGAUGGUGAUGAUGAUAGUGGUGCUGAUGUUAGUAUGCCAGUGGAGGACAGUCUUCUGUCCAUUCCUGGACGCCGAGGGAAGCAUCACUUUUCUCGUCUCCGUUCAGCAGAUGGGACUAAGAAAUCCCGCGAGGAAAAAUGGAUGGCCGAAGUCCUCCGUCGCAUCGAGCGAAUGGAGCGGAAACAAAGGAAACAGAGGAAACCUACUUCAGGUUGGCGUGCUGGAGCUGAACGCAAAGCACCAGCACUUAGUGAUGCUAAGCCAUUGCAAGCUGCAGGGACUUUUUCUACUCAUAUUGGACAGACUGAUUUAUUUGUCGCUGAUGAGGAGCUGAAGUCGACUCAACUAGCAUGCUUCUCUGGCUCUGAGGAAAUUGAGAACAUUGUAAUUAACAAAUCGCAACCGAUUUCUAUGGGGAUGGAGAUAUCAGGUAAAUCAGAAUCACCAGCCUCUUCAGAUGGUUUCCAAAAGCCUUUCAACAACGCUGCAUUUAGCAUCCUUGCUCAGGCGGCAGAGGCCGCCUGCGAUCUCGGUACUCUUGCAUCAGCUGCCCUUGAAGUUGCUGAUGUUGACAAUGCGGACUCGGAUAAUCUCAGUAGGCGCAAAUGGCUCCAAUCUGAAUCUCGUUUCUGGUCACCUGAUGAGUCGGCUUGCGCAAAGCCCCAAGCGGCCGAACUGGAUAAGAUAAAUGUAAGCUGCACGGUUAAGGCGAACAUGAGGGAUACAAGCGCUAUAAGAGAAGAGCACCGUUCUAGCGAAGUAGGAAGCGAUAAUGAGGAGAAUGAAGAUUGUAUCGAGGAGGAAGAAGAUGAUGUUCAAGCUAGCUUUGAGGAAGAGCUCACACUUGAUGCCAUGAGCUCUUCACCGACAUCUCUUUUGGGCUCUCAUCAGCACCCCGGCCUGGUGGGGAGACAACGCCAGUCCACUGGAUCUGAAGACUCUCCAAUUCUAAGACAACCUUCUAGGGUUACGUCACCUUCCUUGCUCAAUUCUCAAGUUUCCCUGGAACACAGCCAUCAUCCACAGCACAAUCCGCAACAGCAGGCUUUGCACAAACAACGUCGACGUCGUUCGCAGUUGGCUGGCGCCGAUGAGUUGGCUCCUAAUUCACUUGGCGAGUCUCGUGAGGAUCGAUGGCUGCGAAUGCAGUUGCGAAGAAUUGCUCAAAUGGAGCAACAAGAGCUUCAGGCACUGCAACAUCAGACUCAACCUUCGAUGAUUGAAUUGGACUCAGAAAUCGGGGAAAGCCGGCAAACUCGCUCACCGUCUUUGGGAGGCCAGCCGGUAACUUCCUGUGCCUGUGGCGACGAACAGCCUUUGUCACCUCGAAUCUCCCUCAAAGCUAGCACGGUUGGACCCGGGAGACGUAGACGGAGUGGCGCUUCCCUGGCAGGGCCUAUUAGGUCCCCAGUUGCAGCGACCGAUUUGGGUGAACCUUCAUUUUCAGUUGUUUCACCAGCGUCAGUGGGUUCUUUUAUUGAUUACUCAUCGGGCCAGGCCGACCCAACUAUUUGCACUAGUAAUCUCUUCCCAACCGAUCUCGAAACAGGCGGUUCGAAUGAACAUUUACGAGGCCAGGUUGUUGGUAGCCCCCCCGUUACCGAUAUGCCUGCCGAAGAGACUGAAUGUGGUUUGAUAGUGUAUCGAGCCAGAGAGAAGGAUCCGAUGGCGCGAUUCAGUCGGGCGCGCUCCGCAGCGAUCACAGAAGUGGUCACCAAGGCGGCAAUUUCGGCCACUGAUGCAACUAUACUAGCCACUGCCCCAACAACCAUGGCUACACAUCCUGAGCACCGUCAUAUAACUGCUCAGUCCUAUCAUUUUGAACUUCCAGAUACCAUCAAGGAGGGAAAGCUUUUUCAAAAAGAUCAGUUAGAAAACAAUUCACAACUUCCUAUUUCAAUGACCGGUUUACUGGGGCCACAAUGA